UCCCAUUACAAGCUCCUUCAACAUGACGGGAAUUAUGUUCAUUCUUUUGCUGUUCGUUUUUGGAUGUGUAUUUGCUUCUCCAACUUGUACUGAUGAAGAAGCAAACAAAUGCAUGUCCGAUGGCGGAAAUUUUGAUUUUCUGCACCUUGAAGAAACCUUCCCAAAAGAUGAAGCGCACCUCACAGAAUUUUGCUCAAAUGCCUUUUCACUACUUGACUGUGCAAUUGGUUUUAUUGAUCGCUGUCCAAACACCAAAUACGCGGACUAUCUUGAAGGUAUGAAGGGUCAAAAAGCCGUUUUCAAAAAGUUAUGUGACACAUCAAAUUCAUUCAGAGCAGAGUACUUGGAGAACGUUGCUUGUCUGAACAAUAAAAUAUCGACGGUUGCGGAAAAAUGUGCAGAAGAGAUGAAUAUAUUCGCUGAUGGCUUCAAGUGCUCCAUUGGUGUCCGUAAUUACAAGGAUUGUAUUGAGGAUGCUGUGAAAGAAUGCGGUGAGAAGACAGUUGAAAUCUUCAGAACACUGUACCACCCGAGGCAAAGUAUUAACACGACACUUUGCGAGCAAAUUCUGAAGAACCUGAGAGAUAUGGGAAUCAUUUCAUGAAGCUUCCCUGAUGCGGAUGAAUUUUGUUUUCUUCAAGAAAAGUGUAACCAAAUAUUUGCUUUUCCGAAAAAAAUUGAAAAAUGUUUAUAUAUACAUUGAUUUUGAUUCGAGUACCAAAAAAUCUAAGCACAGAAAUAUUUCUGUAACAAAAAAAUAAUAAAAUGUUUUGUAAA